AAGCAACAGUGAGACUACUAAAACGUUUAUAUGAGCAGAUUCCCCCCGAAAACUUUUUGAUUCUAAACUACGAUGAAAACAUGAACCCAAAACUAAAAUAACAGCUCAGAAAGUAAAAGACUGCAAUAACUCUGGGUCCACUGAGUGUUAUCGUAAUCCCUGCCUCAAUCCCACAGCCGCUCUUUAUAAGUGUAUUCAAGCGAGUCACUCAGCUCUUCAUUUAUCAAACAAAAAGCUGCUCUAUUGGCGGCCGCCAUCAGCCGACCGUCCUAUAAUCCGGCACAGUUACAUAAAACAAGCCUCCAACCCCAACGUCACACGGAGAGGUAACUACACUCCAAAGCUUGGCAUUCUUUUUUGUGUGACUCGUUGGCUUCUCCUGGACGCAGAAGCAGCAGGUGUGUCAAAGCGUCAUGAUUGUGUUAGUAGACUUGUUGCUGAUGCUAAUCGACCUAACCGGCUCUAUCCUGAGUGCCAUCCUGCAGACUUUCCUUCGGCCGAGGCUUAAAUGCAUCGAUGGGGAACUGUGUCUGAUCACGGGAGCCGGGGGGGCGCUGGGUCGGCUGUUCGCCCUGGAGUUUGCCAAAGAGGGGGCCCACCUGGUGCUGUGGGACUGCAACGCGGCUGCCAACGAGCAGACUGCCAGGCUGGUGCGAGAACUGGGCGUCCGGGUGCACACCUACACGGUGGACCUGUCCAAGCGUCGGAACAUUUACGAGACAGCGAACCGGGUGAGAGCGGAGGUCGGGCAUGUCUCCAUAAUGGUCAACAACGCAGGCGUAGUGGCUGGACGGAGGCUGCUGGACUGUCCGGAUGAGCUUCUGGAGAGGACUCUGCUGGUGAACUGCCACGCGCUUUUCUGGAUGACGAAAGCGUUCCUGCCACGGAUGAAAGAACAAAAUCAUGGCCACAUCGUGACCGUCGCCAGUGCACUUGGACUGUUCAGCACUGCCUGCGUUGAGGAUUACUGUGCUAGUAAAUUUGGAGCUGUUGGAUUCCACGAGUCACUGACACAUGAGUUGAUAGCAGAAGACCUGAAUGGCAUCAAAACCACUUUAGUAUGUCCUUAUAUUGUAGACACAGGGAUGUUCGCAGGCUGUGAAAUCAGGAAAGAGCUUCGCAGCAUAAUUCCACCUCUUGAGCCUCUCUACACUGUGCAGCAGUCUAUGAAAGCCAUCCUAGCAGAACAGCAGAUGAUCUGCAUUCCUCGUCUUAUGUACAUCCCCUUUCUUGCAAGAGCCUUACUACCUUGGGAGGCAAAUGUUGCAACGUAUCGCUUCAUGGGAGGCGACAAGUGCAUGCUACCAUUCAUCAAGAACAUUGAAAUGAAGACCUCCAACGGCCAUACCAAAUUGUGCUAACGUUUCUGAUGGUGUCUUUCUAAUAUUCUGUGAAAAUCUGCUUACAUUCGUUUUUUCCAGGACUUCCCAAAGGCAAAAUUGUAUGAAGCAAUUUGUCAUGAAUGCUGAGCUGCUUAAGUAUCCACUGCUGAUGCUAAAGGGCCUCGCAAAUGAAAUAAAAACAAUUCAUAACAGUGUGGAUAGAAUAGCGACUGCAGUGAUAACAGA